AUGAUUCACGACAUUCUGUUCACGCUGUUCUCUUCAAACACCGAAUUGCCGAUCGAAAAUUUUACUAUUCCGGAGGUGGCAUCCACUUUUCUGCACCCGGGUGAAAUUCAUAUCCUCGAAGAGCUUAUUCGCAUUGCAAAUCAGUACAAGGAGAUAAAAAAGUUUGCCCAACAGUAUGGCACACUUACGGCCGGAUUACUCAAACCGAAACAACAAAAACCGACAGAAGAACCACUACCCCAAGGACUUUACUUGCAAGCGUUCGUUGAUGGAUUGGAGCUGGUCGUGAAACCAUACCGUGAUCUUGUGGUAGAGUUGGAAGCCAAGUAUCUGAAGCGUCCAAACCUAUCGCUGAUGUUUAUCUUUCAUCAAGUGAGUCAGUAUCGAUCGUUAUUCGGUUUUCUGCUUCAGUUGAUCAGUGGCGUAGUGACACAAAGAAUCCAUGGUUGUGCGUUACUGCCCUACCUUCAACAGCAUUGCCUGCAUGGCAACGAUGCAAACUAUCAGGCAGUUAAGACCAUACAAAAAUCGGUGUACGUCAUUUUUUUGAAGCAGUUAUACGGUUGGCUGAUGCACGGCAAAUUCGUCGAUCAUUAUGGCGAAUUUUUCAUUCAACAGGUAGAAAGUAUCCCAACAACUUCCAUGCUUACUGGUGGAGUGAAUUCGCAGCAACCAAUGCACACGUCCGUUAAUACGUCGGACAGUGCGAGCAUUAAUUCCGAAUUGUGGCGGUAUGAAAUACGACGUGAAAUGCUUCCAUAUUACUUUCCCGCAAGCUGGGCCGAAAAGGUACUGUUUGUAGGGCAAACCGUGCUAAUGUGUCAUUUCGAUCCAAGGCAGCAAGUGGUCGAUCGUACAGUGUCGAACAGUGAAUCAAAGGGAAGAAAGGGAACCGCAUUGGCAGGUGCCGUCGGGAAAGAUAACCUGUGGGGCGAACACGAACAAGAGCUGUUUCGAAAGUUUCAUCAACUACAAAACGAGGAGAAUCUUAACGUGACCAAGUUUGAGCAUUUGGUGGACGAAAUUAAGGAACAAGUUACGAAGCAUAUGUCCAUGAUAGUCAUCGAGAAAGCGGACCUGGAACGUCAGCUACGAUUAAUGAAGGAUUUCUUCCUGCUCGGUCGGGGAGAAUUGUUUUCCGAAUUUCUCACGCAAACGCAAUCACUAAAACUACUCAUUGGGAAGGAAAUUAACGAUGGUACUACUCGCGAUUUAAACCGAGCGCUAAAGCUGGCCGCAAACAGCAUCAACGUCGGCGAAGACAUUGAACAAUUUUCGUUCGAGCUUCCCGGUAAGGAUGAGGUCGAGGAUAGCUUCUGUUAUGAGACAAAAAGUGCCGUCGGACACAUUAUACUCAAGUACAAAGUCAAAUGGCCACUCCAUCUACUCUUUUCACCGCGCACCUUGAAUCGAUACAAUGAAAUGUUUCGGUUUUUGCUACGUAUAAAGAAAAUACAGCACGAUUUGCUGCAGAUUUGGUCAUAUCAACGGGAAAGACGCAUCAAGCACAACUCGGAAGUGGUACAGCUGCGUAAUAAGCUCAUGUUUUUGAUCAACAAUUUGCAGUACUAUCUUCAGGUGGACGUGCUAGAAAGUCAGUUUGCCAUUUUGAUGGCAGCGAUCGCAAAUUCUGCUAAACAGGCGGACUUUGAACGUAUUCAACGGGCGCACACUAUUUUUCAAGCAAACGUACUCAGCUUGUGCUUUUUGCUGACCAGUUCAACCAAUGGCGAACCUUCUUCCCUCGGCACGACAACCACCAUAGCGGGAAUAAUACAAGUGCAGGAAAACCCGGUGCUAACGAUUCUUGACAGUAUUCUGUCGAUUGUCGAUCGAUUCUGCACGUUCUGUAUGCUCUGCAAAGAUCCGAUGACGAAGGUAGAACGGCAGGAGUUUGUGACAUACGAACAGGGAUUCAUGAACCAUGUGGAUUCGUUGUUGAGGCUUCUUAUUGGACUCAAGGCGGGACCAAGCAGCGCACCGCUGUCGCAGCUAUUGCUUCGAUUGGAUUUCAAUCACUGGUUCAGCACCAAUACUCAAACAUAA